UCUACUGGCCACGAUUGCCACGAUUUCCGUCGUUGAAACCGCUAUCGAUAUGUCGUUAUCAUGUUCCGAUCGCUUCACGGACUUGCUCUGCGCCGAGGAUUCCGACGAGGUGUUAUCCGGCGAUUCGCCGUCGUUUUCGUCGGAGCUGGAGUCUCCGGUGACUUCCAUCGAGGAAUCCUCCAUCGAUGGCUUCAUCGAAGACGAAACGAACUUCGUCCCCGGAUUCGAUUACUUGGCUCGGUUUCAGUGUCAAUCUCUUGAAGCGUCGGCUCGAGAGGAAUCUGUUGCAUGGAUUCUGAAGGUGCAAGCAUACUACAAUUUGCAGCCUUUGACGGCCUAUCUUUCCGUUAACUAUUUGGAUCGGUUUUUGUAUUCCCGCCGCUUGCCGCAAAAUAGUGGGUGGCCAUUGCAACUCUUAUCUAUUGCUUGCUUGUCGUUAGCGGCGAAGAUGGAGGAACCUCUUGUUCCAUCUCUUAUAGAUCUUCAGGUAGAGGGAGCGAAAUACAUUUUUGAACCAAAAACAAUUCAAAGAAUGGAACUGCUUGUGCUGACGGUUCUGGAUUGUAGACUGCGAUCAGUAACGCCGUUCAGUUUCAUUGACUUCUUUGCAUGCAAGCUCGACCCAACCGCUACUUUUCUGCGCUUCUUGAUUUCAAGGGCCUCGGAUAUUAUUUUAUCCAAUAUCAAAGAGGCGAGAUUUCUAGAGUAUCGGCCGUCAAGCAUUGCUGCGGCGGCGAUACUUUGCGCAGCCAACCAAAUCCCAAACUUGUCUCUUUUCAAUCCCGUACAUGCGGAGUCAUGGUGUGAUGGACUAAGCAGGGAGAAAAUCCUAAGCUGCUACAGGUUAAUGCAAGAGCUUGUGGAAGACAAUGCGAGGAGGAAACAACCAAAGGUCUUACCACAGCUUCGAGUAACGAUCCGAGGCCGAGUCACUCAUCUUCCUCAUCUUUUCAUCACCUUCAUACAAAGGAGAAUUAAAUAACUGGAUGAUGACAGAAACUGCAAGUAAGAAAAGAAAAAAAAAUAGAAAAAUGGUGGCCCGAGUUGUGUAGAAACCUAAAUACAUAUAUAAUUUUGGUGAAGGGUCAGGGUUUGAGAGUAAAUCGACAUGCAAGAGUAUAUACGUAUGUGCAUGUAAAAAAAGAAAAAAGAUGAGAGUUUGGCGAGUUUGCAGGUAUAUUAAA